AUGUCAGUCGAACAAUGGGUUAAUGACGAACUUCAUUCCAUCGUGGGCAUCAGUGAUCGGACGAUAUCUCAGUAUGUUUUGGCUCUUGCCAAGAGGAGUAACAGCACCGACGAGUUCAUUGGAAAGCUGCGUGAUAACGAUGCCCUCGAGAUCAACGAGAAUGUGCGACAGUUCGCUUCACAGCUGAUGAAUAAACUGCCUAGGGCAGUUCCAAAAGUGCCUACGCGCAAGGGUCCAUCAGAGAGAGAACUGAGAGAAAUGGAACUGAAAAGGUUAAGCAAUACUUUGACGAUCGUGAAGGAAGAACCAAGGCAUUCAAAGAAAUCCUCACAUCGACGAAAACGUCGUGAAAGCAGCAGUGACGAAGAGGUCCCGAAGACUUCCAAAUCUGUAGAAACAAAGCCGCACAAACAAGAAGAAGCAUCAAGUGGUUCCGACUUUGAAGCAGUUGAAGGAGAGCUUGAUCGAGAUAUCAAAGAAAGAGACGAAUUGGCGGCAAGAAUACGAAAGCGAGAAAAAGAAAAGACGAGGAACGUACUGGAGCAGAAGAGAAAAAUACCGGACAAUAAGGACAAGGAAGGACUAAAUAUGGAAAAGUUGCGAGAAGAAUCGCGUAGACUUUAUCUUGCUAAAAGAAAGGACGAUAAGCUUGACGAAUUGCGUCGUGUAGUUAUGGACGAUGAAACUUUAUUUGCCCAUGAAGAUCUCACCGAAAGGGAACGCAAAGAUAUGGAGUAUCGCAAAAAGGUCUUGGAAUACGCGGAACAGCACGAAAAGGCUGCAGACAUCAUGAAGACCAAACGGUACUAUGUUCCUGAUGCCAAAGUGAAGUCAGUUCCCACUGAAUACGUGGAGGAACCUGAAGAAUAUCGGCAUGGAGGUGAUGGCGCUAAAUGGGAGCACGAGCAACUGAUGGCGAGUAUGCUAACCUAUGGUGCUAAGGACGCGAAAUUAAAACAAGAGGAGUUCGAUUUGCUGUUGGAUGACAAAAUAGAUUUCAUCCAAGCUCUACAGAUGCCGGGUACUUUAGAAAAGCAGCAGGCUGAAGAGAUCACCGCCGCGCAGAAGAGAAAGAUGAGCAUUGAAGAGACGAGAAGAUCGUUACCUGUGUACGCUUUCCGUGAACAGUUUAUCGAAGCUGUAAAGGAACAUCAGGUACUUAUCAUAGAAGGAGAGACUGGCUCAGGAAAAACCACUCAAUUACCGCAGUAUCUUUAUGAAGCGGGUUUCUGUAAAGACGGUAAGAAAAUCGGGUGCACGCAACCUCGUCGUGUAGCUGCUAUGUCUGUUGCUGCCAGAGUUGCUGAGGAAGUCGGAUGCAAAUUGGGCAUGCAGGCGGGAUACAGUAUUCGUUUCGAGGACUGCACCUCAGAGAAGACGGUACUAAAGUAUAUGACCGAUGGAAUGCUUCUGCGAGAGUUCUUGAACGAACCAGACUUGGCAAGCUAUAGUGUGAUGAUGAUUGACGAAGCUCACGAAAGAACUUUGCAUACGGACAUUUUGUUUGGUCUGGUCAAAGAUAUCGCUAGAUUCAGAAAGGAUUUGAAACUUCUCAUUUCUUCCGCUACUCUUGAUGCUGAGAAGUUCUCCACGUUUUUCGACGAUGCUCCGAUUUUCCGCAUUCCAGGAAGGAGGUUCCCUGUUGAUAUUUACUACACUCAAGCGCCGGAGGCGGAUUAUCUGGACGCAGUGAUGGUCACCGUUAUGCAAAUCCAUCUCACCCAACCCCUUCCUGGCGAUGUUCUCGUCUUUCUAACUGGCCAGGAGGAAAUUGAGUCCGUCCAGGAAGCAUUGAUGGAGAAAACCAAAGCUCUCGGAAGUAAGAUCAAAGAACUAAUACCUCUGCCAAUCUAUGCUAACUUGCCGUCUGAUCUCCAAGCAAAAAUAUUCGAGCCGACUCCACCGAACGCUAGGAAGGUUAUACUUGCUACGAACAUAGCGGAAACAUCAGUCACCAUCGACGGGAUCUGCUAUGUCAUUGAUCCCGGGUUUUCGAAACAGAAUUCUUUUGAUGCAAGAAGCGGUGUUGAGCACCUCCAUGUAGUCACCAUCUCUAAGGCUGCGGCGAAUCAGCGAGCAGGAAGGGCAGGAAGAACUGGGCCAGGAAAAUGUUUCCGCUUAUAUACUGCAUGGGCGUACAAACAUGAACUUGAAGACCAACCCAUACCCGAGAUCCAAAGAACAAAUCUUGGUAACGUGGUAUUGAUGCUCAAAUCGCUGGGAAUCCACGACCUUGUGCACUUUGAUUUCCUCGACCCACCUCCUCAGGAGACCUUAGUUAUUGCUUUGGAGCAACUCUAUGCGCUUGGAGCGUUGAACCAUCGAGGGGAGCUAACGAAACUUGGGCGACGAAUGGCUGAGUUUCCCUGCGAUCCAUGCAUGAGUAAAAUGAUCAUUGCUAGCGAGAAAUACGGGUGUUCAGAAGAGAUCAUCACUAUUUGCGCGAUGUUGUCGUGCAAUGCUGCUGUAUUUUACAGACCAAAAGCGAUGAUCAUACAUGCGGAUUCGGCUAGAAAGGGUUUCUGGAGUCCUGCUGGUGAUCAUCUCACUCUCUUGAAUGUAUACAACAAAUGGAAGGAGACAAACUAUUCGCAGCAAUGGUGUGUGGAGAACUUUGUGCAGCAUCGCACAAUGAAGAAGGCACGAGAUAUUCGUGAUCAACUAGAAGGGCUUUUGGAAAGAGUUGAGAUCGAACCUAAGUCUAAUUCGUGUACGAUUGCCAUUCGGAAAGCGAUUACCGCUGGUUAUUUUUACAACUGCUCAAAAUUAGACAAUUCUGGUCACUACAAAACAGUGAAGCACAAGCACACCGUGCAGGUGCAUCCAAACUCUUGUCUAUUCGAAGAGUUACCUCGAUGGGUGGUUUACUACGAACUUGUCUUCACUAGCAAGGAGUUCAUGCGAGAGAUCAGUCAAAUAGAGAGCUCUUGGCUGUUGGAAGUAGCUCCUCAUUACUACAAAGGUCGUGAAUUGGAAGAUCCUACCAAUAAGAAAAUGCCAAAGCAAAGAGGGAAAUCUGCACAGGAAUUACAGUAG